UUAGGCUCGCUUUCAGUUAAUUCCUCUACCAACUGAUUUUCUGACUUCACACGGCACGGCCAUGAAGGUUAUCUCUCACAUUCCCGACGAAGAACCAAACGGCGGCGAUCCAAACAAGAAACCACAAGAAGUAGUCGAGAAGAAACAAGAAGACGACGUUAAGCGAGGGAACUUGUUGGAAUCACUACCUGACGACGUCACGGAACUCUGCGUCGCACGAGUCUCCAAAUAUAACUACCCGGAGUUAUCGUCAACCUCCACCGCCUUCCGUCGUCUCAUCGCUUCGCCGAAGCUCUACAUCACGCGCUCCCAGCUCGCCCUCGUCCAACGCUUUCUUUACGUCUUGAUCAGCUUCCCACCUCGCAAACUCCCAGAGUGGUACAUUCUCUAUCCAUCACCCGACAACGCUUCUCUACAGUUGCGCAGGAUCAGCUCCCUCCCUACCAUGCCUUUUGGAGCCGCCGUGGUCACCACGGCAACGGAGAUAUACGUGAUCGGCGGAUGCGACGACGGCGAAAGAAACACUCGGGACUUGAUCCUCAUCGACUGCGCAACUCACAAGUGCGAUCGCUCCCUCCCGAGGAUGAAGGUGGCUCGCCGCGGGGCAGCCGCGGGGAUAGUCGACGGAAAGAUUUACGUGAUCGGAGGCUGCGAGAAGAGAUAUUCCGAUUGGUUCGAAGUGUUCGACCUAAGGACGAAGGUCUGGUCCGGUGAAUUGGUGGGGACGAUCACAGCCGAAGUGGAUUUGGAGUUCUUGUCAGAUGCAGUGAUGGACGGGGAGAGGAUUUACACUCUGGAUCGUAAGCAGCGCAUUCACGCGUUUAAUCCCAAAACUUUUGUGUGGACAUCAUGGUUGGAUGGGUCUCCUUUGAGUUCUUUAUGGAAAAAGUCCUCUUGUGUGGUUGACGGCAUGUUGUACUCAAUUGAUCCUGCGUGUACCUUUUAUCAUCCACUAGUGGUGUUUAAUCCGGAGGGGGAACGGUGUUGGAGACCCGUGGAUUUAGGGGCAAGUCAAACCCUUAUGCCUCCUGUGCUCUAUUAUGAGCAGUCUAAAAUGGCCAAUGUUGGUGGGAAGUUGAUGCUUUUGGCCUCUAGUCACUGCUGGUCAUCGACUUGUGACGAGGAAAAACUAAUCUGGUUUUUUAUGAUCGCUUUGGAAAGACGUCAGGGAGGUGUGAUUCGUGGGACCGUCGAAUCAGCUACUAUUGUGUUUAGAACCAUGGAGUCGCCACCUUCCAUUGAGCUUUGUCGAUCUAUUACCAUGUGAUGGAUCUUGUGGAAGCCGAGUAGCUGAGAAGCAGCUGUUAUAUGACAUUCUCAAGAGUAAAUGUUAGGCUUUCGUGAAGAAGCUUCUUGUGAAUACUUUUAGCUUUGACGAGUAGAUUCCUCUAAACUGUAAAAA